CGGUUACCAGGGCGGUUUUACCGACUAGAGAAGUCAUCUUGAGAGAUUCGAGGCGGGUACGAGGUGUCUAGGUUGCUGAACGAUGGUGUACGUGGGACAACUCGCAUAUGAAGCGUUGAGGUGAGCGCUGGGUAGCAUGACCUUGCGUGUUUACGUUGUCUGGGCGGUGACGGAUGCUAUUGAGGCCGGAUAUCUGAAAUCCAGACACUUCAGCUGUCGUUUUGGCGCUUCUCAUCUGGUAUAUCAAGCGAGAAGCGAAGGGACACUCCCGUACUUGCUGGUGUAUCGACACGCUCUCCUCGAACCUGCAACCGUAGCAUUUAAUCAUGUCGAUUCCCGUAUCGUUCGACGCCUCCGACCCGGUAUCCGCCAGACGAUUCGUCACUGCGCACGAUGAGAAAGGAAAGGCCAUUUUUAGGUUCGAAAACGAGAUCCCCAGGACCGCCACAACAGAGGAUCCUGGAAAAAGGGCAUUAUUUGGAGUUCCGUGGAGAACGGAGGGGUUCCCCGUAGACAAUGACCAUGCGAAAGACAUGCAGACCAUCGGAGGACCUAUCUAUCAAGAGAAUGGUUCGCUGUGCCGAUUUGUCGACUUUCCACCUCAAAGCAGCUCCCCCAUGCACCGCACGGAAACGUUGGAUUACGGCAUCGUCAUCUACGGUAACCUGGUAUUGGAGUUGGACGAUGGGGCGGAAAGACUUUUGAAACAGUCUGACGUCGUUGUCCAACGUGGAACCAUCCACGCUUGGCACAACAGGACAGACGACUGGGCCAGAAUGGUAUACGUUCUCAUCCCAGCGGUACCUGUCACCGUCAACGGACAGAAACUAUCGGAUGUCAUGCACGAUUGAGCAAGAGAGUUGCGCGAUGGACUGGGCGUGCUAUCCCAACCUUCUUGUAGAGUUCCAGUGACGAAGAUCAUCAUGCUAUAGUGUUGUGAAGAUCGCUCGGGGCCAUCUGUUACGUCUUGUUGCAUGAAGGUCCUUCGUGAAUGAUCCCCUGGCCCACAUCCCCGAAGUUGAUUCAUCGCAAGGCGACCCCGAGCACAGUGCAUUUUGCCGUCAUCCUGACUAUUUCGCCGACACGCUCGAUGGCGCUAAGCAAUCUACUGCGCUCGCUCCAAUGAUCGUCCGCGCGGUAGCGACAGCGCUAAGAUACGAAGACCGAGAGCAGGUACAGCAGGAGAGAGACGAAACGCAGCGAACUCCACAGGGUCACAGGUCACGAGCUCUUCUCUCCUGGUAGGAUGGAAGCCGGU